AUGGUAGUGGCAGUGCCCCUUCUGAACGUUAGAGAAAGCCAUGGUCUGCAUCUGAGAGUCAGCAGCAUGUCUCUGGCUGCGGAGGCGUUCGUGUCCCAGAUGGCAGCUGCAGAGCCCUGGCCAGAGACUGCCGCCCUGUAUCAGCCUCUGAAGGAUGAGCAGAUCUUGCUGUCAGACUGCGCCUCCUCGCUCGCAGUUCAGGCGUACCUCCGCAUGUGUGGGCUCCCGGUGCAGGUGGUCUGCAAAGCCAACGCAGAGUUCAUGUCUCCCUCCGGGAAGAUCCCGUUCAUCCAUGUGGGGAACCAGGUGGUGUCUGAGCUGGGGCCCAUCGUGCAGUUCACCAAAGCAAAGGGCCACUCUCUGAGCGACGGCCUGGACGACCUGCAGAGGGCGGAGAUGAAGGCCUACAUGGAGCUGGUCAAUAAUCGCUUAUUGACAGCAGAGCUGUACAUCCAGUGGUGCGACGACGCCACAGCUGCAGAGAUCUCUCGUCCCAGAUACAGCAGCCCCUACGCCUGGCCCCUGUGCUCGCUGCUGGCCUAUCAGAAGCAGUGGGAGGUGCGGCGCAAGAUGGCCGCCAUCGGCUGGGGAGACAAGUCUUUGGAACAGGUGUAUGAGGAGGUGAGCCAGUGCUGCCAGGCUCUGUCUCAGCGACUCGGGACUCAGCCCUUCUUCUUCAACAAACAGCCCACAGAGCUGGAUGCCCUGGUGUUCGGUCACCUCUUCACCAUCCUGACCACUCGUCUGACCAGCACAGAUCUGGCUGAGCGGGUCAAGAGCUACAGUAACCUCCUCUCCUUCUGCCGCCGCAUCGAGACCUCCUACUUUGACGGAAAGUCCUCGUGA